AUGGGGAUACAAGGGCUAUUGCCGCUAUUGAAAUCGAUAAUGGUGCCCAUCCACAUCAAGGACUUGAAGGGCUCUUGCGUGGCGGUUGAUACCUAUUCUUGGCUUCACAAAGGUGCCUUGUCCUGCAGCAAAGAGCUAUGCAAAGGAGUACCCACCUCCAGGCACAUUGACUAUUGCAUGCAUAGAGUAAAUCUGCUGCGGCAUUAUGGUGUUAAACCCAUUCUUGUAUUUGAUGGUGGUCUUCUACCAAUGAAGCUUGAACAAGAGAACAAGCGUGGAAGGGUGCGAAAGGAAAAUCUUGCACGUGCCAUUGAGCAUGAGUCUAAUGGAAACUCAGCUGCUGCUUAUGAGUGCUACCAAAAAGCUGUUGACAUUUCACCUUCAAUUGCACAUGAGCUAAUCCAGGUGUUAAAGCAGGAGAAUGUAUGUUAUGUUGUGGCUCCUUAUGAGGCAGAUGCUCAAAUGACUUUCUUGGCUGUCAGCAAACAGGUAGAAGCUGUUAUCACUGAGGACUCAGAUCUUAUACCAUUUGGAUGUCCCAGAAUUAUCUUUAAAAUGGACAAGUUUGGGCAAGGAGUUGAGUUUCAGUAUUCCAUGCUGCAUCGGAACAAGGACUUGAGUUUUGCAGGAUUCACAAAACAGAUGCUUCUGGAGAUGUGUAUUCUGAGUGGUUGUGACUAUUUGCCGUCAUUACCUGGAAUGGGCCUGAAAAGGGCUCAUGCACUCAUUAAAAAGUUCACAAGUUAUGACAAGGUAAUUAAGCACCUAAAGUACAGCACUGUAUCAGUUCCUUCCUUUUAUGAAGAAUCAUUCAAGAAAGCAAUAUUGACCUUCCAGCAUCAGCGUGUUUAUGAUGUUGCUUCUCAAGAUAUUGUAUCUUUGUCUGAUAUAUCUGAUGAUGAAGAGAACAUUAGUGCUGACAGAAUUUCUCAACCUAAAAAUGUCAAUCUCGGAAGGAUAAAGAAAAAGCUAGAUUUGCCUGUGCAGAAUAAUCUCCUGACUAAAUACUUUUGCUUUGCCUCUCUUGAAGCAAAGAGAAAAUUCAGAGCCCCGCGGAUGUCACCUGAUUCUUCAAGUGCAUUUGAUGAUUCUUCUCUCAGUCCUGAUGAAAAUGCCUCCUUGGAUGAUCCUUCUUGUAAAGCAAGCUGCUUAGAGUCAUCCCUCAACUCUGAAAACACGGGCAAUGUGCUUCCCAGUGAUUCAGUAGAAGAUGGCUUUGACACUGAUGUCCGUGAUGUAUUAGAAGCUCAAACUCUUGACAUGGUAGGCAUGAGAAGAAGUCCAGAAAGUACAUUGUUGCAACAACCCAGACAUUCAAUUCAUAAACCUUGUCUAACACUGCUAAAGGAGCGUGAAUGCAAGAAUGCCCCAGACACAGUUGAGGGCGGUAAGACAAGAACGGAGAACAGAAAGGUCAUUGUAAGGAGUUCUUAUUUUAAGGACAAGUCAAUCAAUGAAAAUGACCAGGAAGAUAAACAAGAGAAACGCUUGCUAGAGGAUGGUAUUGCUUUGGACAAGAAUGCUGUUCCAGAGAGUGCUCAUUUCGAGAAUAGCUAUUUCAAUGGCAAAGUUAUGAAAAGGAAGACCUCCCCAGGAGAUAGCGUUGAAGUGGAAAAUGUGAAACCCAAGCAAUUGUGUAUCAGUGCAUGCCUUCCCGAUGAUGGUAAUUGUGCAUGUAGCCUAAACGAAACAUUUACAGGCACAAAAACUGAAGAAGGGAAAUUUGGAUCCAACAUUUCCCAUUUAGGCCGGUAUUCUGACAUAGCAGAGAAGUCGAUGGAAAAAUUUGUUUCAGUAAUAUCACCGUUUAGAUAUUCGUCGUCUGGUUCUCGAGCAAGUGGUCUUCGUGCUCCUCUGAAAGAUGUCCAAAACACUGGUACCAAUAGGUCAACUGUUGCUGUUGACUUUAGCCAAUUUGAAUACGUACCAAAUACCCGGAAGACUUCCACAGCACCUCGCAAACGCUGUUUUAGACCAGUUUAA